AGCGACUGGCCACCCACGCACGUGCCGGAAGCUCAGGUGGCCCGCCUGUUUCACAAUGGACCAAUCGGGGUGAAGAAGGCGGGACUAUUGCGGGCCUUGCUGGGGGGUGGCCGAGCCAAAACACUUCCUGUGUAACCAUGGAAACACAACGUACCACUCUCGCCGUCACUCACAAGUACAAAAAAGUACAACAAUGGCCUUAUUGUCGUCUGUUUGACUUCGCCGCUUUCCUCCGUAGAGCCGAUAAAGGCGACCCCCGCCCCUUUGCCAAGAGCUCAGGUGACCCGCUCGCCUGAGCGCAUCGCUCCCUCUCCUGCCCUCCCCGCAGAGAUGCAGCCUGCCUGCGGACCGAUGAGCUCGCCGCCGCCACCGGAGAACCGAGCGACUGCAGUCAAACAAAGUCGCCAAGGCACAAAAUCGCUUCAUAUUCCCAACCGAAGUGAAAGAGUAGUUCGUCUGUGUUAGACGUGCUUUUGGGGAGGGGGCCCACACGACCGCUCUCCCUCUCCUUGUCCCCCCACAACCUUGCUCCUCGACGCGGCGGACGCGAUGAGCGACUCGGCGGCGUCCGACGGCAUGGUGGCCGAGGUCAAACAAGGCACCAAGUACGUCAAGGAGACCGAGAACGUGGCGGAGAAAUACUCGGCCUUGACCGUCAGCAAGAACAGCAGCGACGUCAACAUGAACGUCGGGGAGAUGUCCUCCGCCGCCUUCACUGCCGUCCCGACGCUGAAGUCCGUCAAGAAGAUCCAGUUUGCCAAUGCGGAGGACAAGCAGGAGUUCAGCAAAUACCCGACGAAGGCCGGCCGCCGUUCGCUCUCUCGCUCCAUCUCGCAGUCGUCCACAGACAGCUACAGUUCGGCUGCGUCGUACACCGACAGCUCCGAUGACGAAACGUCCCCCCGUGACAAAGCGCAGGUCAACACACAGGGCGGCAGCGACUUCUGCGUGAAGAACGUCAAGCAAGCCGAGUUUGGCCGCCGUGAGAUUGAAAUUGCCGAACAAGAUAUGUCAGCCCUCAUUUCCCUGAGGAAGAGAGCCCAGGGCGAGAAGCCUCUGGCGGGGGCCAAGGUGGUGGGCUGUACCCACAUCACCGCUCAGACGGCGGUGCUGAUUGAGACCCUGGUGGCUCUCGGGGCUCAGUGUCGCUGGACCGCCUGCAACAUCUACUCCACCCAGAACGAGGUGGCCGCCGCACUGGCUGAAACAGGAGUGCCCGUGUUUGCCUGGAAGGGUGAGUCUGAGGACGACUUCUGGUGGUGCAUCGAUCGUUGUGUCAACACGGAGGGCUGGCAGGCCAAUAUGAUCUUGGACGACGGCGGAGACCUGACACACUGGGUUUACAAGAAGUACCCCAACGUGUUCAAGAAAGUGCGGGGCAUCGUCGAGGAGAGCGUCACUGGAGUUCACCGACUUUACCAGCUGUCUAAAGCCAGCAAGCUGUGCGUCCCGGCCAUGAACGUGAAUGACUCGGUCACCAAGCAGAAGUUUGACAACCUCUACUGCUGCCGUGAAUCCAUCCUGGAUGGCUUGAAGAGGACAACAGACAUCAUGUUUGGUGGCAAACAAGUGGUGGUUUGCGGUUAUGGAGAGGUGGGCAAAGGCUGCUGCACGGCUCUAAAAGCCCUGGGAGCCAUCGUGUGCAUCACUGAGAUCGACCCCAUCUGUGCCCUGCAGGCGUGCAUGGACGGCUUCCGAGUGGUCAAACUGAGCGAGGUCAUCCGGCAGAUGGACGUGGUCAUCACCUGCACUGGCAACAAGAAUGUUGUCACCAGAGAGCAACUGGACCGGAUGAAGAACGGCUGUGUGGUGUGCAACAUGGGUCACUCCAACACGGAGAUUGACGUGGCCAGUCUGCGAAGCCAGGAGUUGACCUGGGAGCGGGUCCGCUCGCAGGUGGACCACAUCAUCUGGCCCGAUGGGAAGAGGGUUGUGCUUCUGGCUGAGGGACGCCUGCUGAAUCUGAGCUGCUCCACAGUGCCCACCUUUGUGCUGUCCAUCACCGCAACCACUCAGGCACUGGCCCUGAUUGAGUUGUUCAAUGCUCCGGAGGGACGUUACAAGCAGGACGUGUAUCUCCUGCCCAAGAAAAUGGACGAGUACGUGGCCAGUUUGCACCUCCCCAACUUUGACGCUCACCUCACAGAACUUUCUGAUGAGCAGGCCAAGUACAUGGGCCUCAACAAGAACGGACCCUUCAAGCCAAAUUAUUACAGGUACUAAGGGGAAGGCCUGCUGACGUUUCCCCUGAAAGGAACACAUAUAUCUUUUUUAUUUGAUAAAUUGCUACCAAAUGGAGGACUUAUUUUGCUUAUGUAUCCUAAAUAGCACAUCAGAUAUAGCUUUAAAAAUGAAUUGUAUAUUUAUCGAGCACGCUAAAUGUCUGGUCAAAUAGGUAAAGAAAAGCCUGCUUGCAUGUACUGUUAGCUGCUACAAAUUUCAUAUUUUUUGAUUGUUUUCUUCCUUUUUUUGCACAGUGCCAAAAAAUCAAGGUUGAUAAGAAUGAAAAGUGAUAUUUAAAUAUGAUCUACAUUCCACUACACUAAAUGCUCUCAAUGUUUUCUGUUUGUGUGGUCAGUAUAUUCGUACCACCAAGUCACCCUUAUUAACUGCAACAAAUAAUAUUGAUGAAAUGGGACAACCGUUCCUUACUGCGGAUGUCCCCAAUUAUUGUGGAACACGGCAAUCUAUCAUAACAUGCGUAAGACAAAAAUAUUGUAUCCUCUCCUGUCAAAAUAAAAAUAAAAAAAACCUCAUCAAAUUCACUUGCCCUGGUAAAAAAUAAGGCUGCGAAUCUUCCAAAGUUGCACUGCUUAAAAUAUGAUUACUAUAAAUUCCUCACCAAAGUUGUGCUUGUGAAAAUAAUCCCUCGAAAGUUGUGUUGGUUUAACACAGAGAUGCAUUGAGAUACGAGUGACCCGACGUAUGAGUUUGACAAGGUAUGAGUCGUCAUUCUGACAUUUGUUUUUGUUUGGUUUUGACUUAAGAUAUAAACGCUGUAUGUUGCCAGUAAACUUAACUCACUUUCCAGCAGGCAGCACUUGAACAAAUAGCACUUGAGCAAAUUCUUCCCAAAAGGGGCUACAAACUAUUUAAUGCCACUUCCGGUUGAAGUUUAAUCACAAACAUGAUAUAAAACAAAUAUUUAAAACACCCAAACAACUUUGCGCGAGCUUUAUAUGAAAACAUGACAAAAAAACCCUGCAUAAACAGGCUAACAUGUAGAAUUGUUAGCUACGGUGUUAUAGCAGGGGAUAUUUGAACAUAAACGGUGGAGGAACACGUAGACAGACAAUAUAACAGUACUCACAGGAAUUAAUCUUCUUACUCUGCAAAAAACAAUUAAUAUUAUUGCAUUUGACUGAGUCACUGGGCCUUUCCAGAUUAGGAACUUUCCUAUGCGAUUGCGAUGAACCAAACCUACUUGGAGGAGAGGUCGUUCAAAUUCUAAAAUUGCUUAGACAAGGUGCCUCGAUGCAACCUUUAAGACAAAUUUAGCAAAUGUUACUCCUGACCAACCUUUACGAAAGCAAAGGAGAGCCACAAAUCUUUAGGGCAGCAGUAUGUGGCGCACCAGACCACUUUUGAAGUUUACAAACUAUGCAAAGACGUGGAAGAGUUUCACACCAGCGACUUAAAAGAAAAAAGUACACAAGAAUAAAACAUGCAUCAAGAACAGUCUGCGUGAACGUUAAUGUAAAAACAUCCAUCCAUUUUCUGAGCCGCUUAUCCUCACGAGGGUCGCAGGGAAUGCUGGAGCCUAUCCCAGCUGUCAACGGGCAGGAGGCGGGGUACACCCUGAACUGGUUGCCAGCCAAUCGCAGGGCACAUCGAGACAAACAGCCACACUCACAGUCACACCUAGGAGGAAUUUAGAGUGUCCAGUUAAUGUUGCAUGUUUUUGGGUUGUGGGAGGAAAACCGGAGAAAACCCAAGCAAGCACGGGGAGAACAUGCAAACUGGUGGGGCUGGGAUUGAACCCAGGUCCUCAGAACUAUGAGGCCAAUGCUUUACCAGCUGACCCACCGUGCCGCAUGUAAAAACAUUUCAAUCUUUUUUUGUGAGCGGGAAAACGGAUUAAAAAGAUUAGUGGCACUUGAGUACAUUUUGAUAGCGAAAUACAGGGAAAUAAAGAAAUGAUUUGAAAUAAAGCAUUUUAAACUUGUAUCUGAAGGCACCACUACAUAAGACAACUGUAAGACCCCCACCUCUGCAAAACUGUGCAGGUUAAAAGUAGAGAACUGUAGUUGCUCCACACUUGAUUAAAAUAAAACCAUAACCUCCCUGACACUCCGCCCCUGCCAUAAAAGGUUCAAAAGUUAGAAUAGGUAGAUAUAAGUUUCAGAACACAAAUGACUACUAAUGAACUGAAAUUGUUUUUUAAAAAAAAAAAAAAAAAUUCUGUUAGGUGUUUCCCUGUCUGCUGUGAUUUUUUUUCUUGAUUUUUUUGGGUGGGGGAAAAAAAAAUCCAAAGGAAUCAGGGAAACCUUUGAGUGACGAGAAUAAAUUGAGUGGAAGUUGUACAUAAAAGAGGGCAAAAACAGGUGGAAUGGCCACUAGAAAAGAGACAGACCGGGAACGAAACCGCCAUUAUUGGGUUUUUAGUUGAAGUGUGAAGGCUAUUUGCAUGUGGCUGGUUUAAGAGUCCAUCUCGAUUCAAGCAGCCUGUGAAAGAAAGUCGAGCUUCAUACUCUCUUGAGUUAGAUCAGAGGCUAAUAGAUCAUCCAGCGUAGCUUAAUAGUUUUUCAAAGAGCAUCCGUCAUCAAAACAAACACUCAAUGCAAGGCUGACCUCAUUUGCAAAUGAUGCGAGUAUGCCAGCUUGACCAAUGUUAAGGUAUUUUAUUUAUUGUUGUCUCCCAAAUUAAUUAGCCAGUCCCUCAACGAUCAUGUUAAUGUUGUCUGAAUUUCUGCCAACAUCAUUUUUUUUGUCAUUAUUGUGACCUGCUGAAAAACACGUCUGUCCUUUAAAGCCUAAUCUGAGACACCAUGUUUGCUGCCAAAUAUGAUUUUCUUUUGGUGUCAACACCCAUUCAAUCAGCAAUAAAGACUUGAUCUGUAGAUGGAGUGUACCUUUGACGUCUUCAUUGUAAUUGUUAAAACAUUGUUUCAUCC